AUGUACGAACCCCACCUCGUCAACCCGACGAACCACUACGGUACCCAUGAGAACGAGGGCAUGUCGCUGCUCGAUGAGCUGGACAAGAUCGCCCCUAUACAGAGCUUUGACGCCUUUCCAAAGGUCGAAGAGACGUAUACGAUAAAGUCAAGAAGGGGAGGGGUGUUGACAGCGGUCAUGGGGUUCUUGAUAUUCCUCCUCGUUUUGAACGACUUGGGAGAGUACCUCUACGGAAAUCCAGACUAUGCUUUUGCGGUGGACGACGAUCUGCAGAAAGAUCUUCAGCUGAACGUGGACAUGACUGUUGCUAUGCCAUGCCAUUACCUCACGAUAGACUUGAGAGAUGCUGUUGGAGAUAGAUUACACCUUAGCAAUUCCUUUGUGAAGGACGGGACCAACUUCAACAUUGGGAAAGCCCAUUCCAUCAAAAACGCGGCCUCUCCUUUGUCCCCUUCCGCCUCUGAAGUCAUCUCCUCCUCCCGCCGCCACACUCCCAACCAGAAGUCCUUCUUCUCCGGUAUCUCCCGAUUCUUCUCGUCCUCGCCAGACCGCAAGACCGCCUCCGCCUACCGACCUACAUACGACAAGGUGGCGGAUGGACCAGCGUGUAGGGUCUAUGGAAGUGUAGAGGUCAAGAAGGUGACGGCGAACCUGCACAUCACGACGUUGGGUCAUGGGUAUAUGAGCUUUGAGCAUACGGACCACAACUUGAUGAACUUGUCUCAUAUCGUGCACGAGUUUUCCUUUGGACCGUUCUUCCCUGCCAUCUCGCAACCCCUUGACAAGACGUACGAGAUUGCCGAUCAGCCCUUCACAAUAUUCCAAUACUUUCUCCGUGUCGUCCCCUCGACCUACAUUGACUCUUCUCGUCGCAAGCUUGUCACCUCCCAAUACGCAGUCACCGACUACUCUCGCUCCUUUGAGCAUGGGAGGGGCGUGCCGGGAUUGUUCUUCAAGUACGAUCUAGAGCCAAUGUCGAUCAUCAUUAGGGAAAGGACGACGACGUUGUAUCAGUUCUUGAUCCGUCUCAUGGGUGUUGUCGGUGGUGUUUGGACGGUUGCGGCUUUCGGUCUGCGAGUCUUCAACCGCGCUCAGCGUGAAGUAGCUCGCAAGAUCGUCGGUGAAAAGGAAUUCAUCCGGUCUGCCACCACCCACACCCCUUCUCCCGCGCUUGUCCACCGAGAGUCCUCCGGCUACUUUGGCGGCGCCCCGGGGAUGAUGUCGAGGGCGACGAGCUGGGUGAAGGGGGGCAGCCCAGGUGGAGCUGAUUUGGGUGGCAACUGGAAUAGAUGA